AUGCCGAAAGACGACGAUACCGAAGACUUAUGCUUGCACUGUAAAACUUCCAUAAGAAAAGAAGACAGUGUAUUAGAAUGUAACGAAUGUCACUCCAAGUACCACUUAGGACCUUGCUCAGGAGUAACCGAAAUCGCCCUCCGAGGGAAGAGACCGGGAUUUAAAGAAUUAUGGAAGUGUCAAACUUGUAAGGGGGCAAGAUUAAGACUUCAGAGCACACCUGAAGGCGGACAGCCCAGUCAUGAAAAGCUGGAUGUGCAGCAACAGCUGACUCAGAUAAUGAGCAUGUUGAGCGUGCUCGCACCACUCAAACAGCAAGUCGAUGAGUUAGUUACAAUGAAGCAAACUGUGAUGGACAUAGAGAAGUCUGUGCAAUCAAUGUCGGACAGCUAUGAUGAGCUACUUAAGAAAGUAAAAGACCACGACAGUGAGAUCAAAGAUCUAAAAAAGAGGGUCAGUGAACUUGAAAACGAAAAAAAGAAUGACGAAACGAAUCAACUAAAAAAAGAGAUAAACAAGCUGGAACAAUACGGACGUAGAAAUAACCUCGAAGUACAUGGACUGGCCGAAUCUUUGAACGAAAACCUACUAGAAAAGCUGAACAAAAUCGCCGACCAGAUAGAAGUGCCCAGACUAACCACAGAUAACGUAGAAGCAGUUCACCGCAUCCCCACAAAAACAAAGAAAACACCCAUGGUGAUAGUACGCUUUAUCAACCGAAACGAUCGAGAUGCGUGGCUUAAAAAUAAACAGAAACUGAGGAGUGGAGCGGAGGUAGAUAACAUCUAUCUAGAAGAAAACUUGACCGCUUCAAACCGAAAGUUGUUCUUUGAUGUCAGAACAAAAGCAAAACACCUCGGGUACAAGUUUAUCUGGCAUAAAGAAGGAUGCUCGUAUGUGCGAAAACGAGAAGGCGACCCGACUCUAAGAAUCGAGAAUGAGAGUGACCUCGCAAAAAUUGAAUAGGGAAGUACAUUCACCAUAUUAGACAUGGAAAGGAAACAAACGUGUCUUUCUUUUGAAAAAUGGUGGGAUAGAAUAAACGCU